AUGGAGGCCUCCGAGGAUGACAUAGCUGUUAUUGGAAUGGGAUGCAAUUUCCCUGGAGGUCAGGGGUUGGAUAAUUUCUGGAAAGUUCUACUGGAGGGAAAGAACUGUGUGGCAGAUAUUCCUUUUGAGAGGUUUGACACCAACUUUUGGUACAACGCAGACGCCAACAGGACUGGAAAGACACAAACAAGCAAAGCAGCUCUUAUAGAAGGGUUUAAUGAGUUUGACCACAUGUUCUUUGGGAUUCCUGAAGUGGAGGCUGACUCCAUGGAUCCUCAGCAGAAACUCCUCCUGCAGUGCACGUACAGGGCAUUCGAAGAUGCAGGCAUAGCCAUGGAGAGCAUCAGUGGAAGCAAAACUGGUGUUUACAUCGGUCUUAUGAACAGGGAUUACGAGAUGAUCAGAAACAACAAUUCAGACUCUAUAAGCCACUUCAACGGCACUGGGACAGCUAUGAGUGUGGCAGCCAACAGGAUUUCCUUCACCUUCAAUCUCACUGGGCCUUCGUUUGUUCUCGACAGCGCCUGUUCUUCUUCUUUGGUGGCUCUGCAUGUAGCCUGCCAGGCUAUGAAGCAAGGAGAUUGUGAGCUGGCGCUGUGUGGGGGAGUUAAUUGUAUCAUAGAGCCAAGAGUAUUUGUUGCUCUCAGCAAAGCUAAGAUGAUCUCACCUGAAGGAACCAGCAAACCUUUCUCCGUCAGCGCCGAUGGUUAUGGCAGAGGGGAAGGCUGUGGUGUCAUACUCCUGAAACCGCUCAGAAAGGCUUUAAAGGACUACAACAAAAUAUGGGGCAUCAUCUGCAAAACAGCAGUCAACCAGGAUGGACACGCUACCACUCCGAUUACUAAACCCUCCAUGACACAACAAGAAGAGCUGCUGCGAACUAUCUACUCUGACUCUGACAUUGCAAAUGUCCAGUACAUAGAAGCUCACGGAACCGGAACCCCAGUUGGUGACCCAAUAGAGGCAAGAAGCAUCUCCAAUGUCAUUGCUAAAGCUAGACCUCCUGGUUCAAAGCCACUGCUGAUCGGGUCUGUGAAAGGUAACAUUGGACACACAGAAUCCGCAGCCGGUGUGGCUGGACUCAUUAAGGUACUCCUAAUGAUGAAAUGUGAAACCAUUGUUCCAUCAGUUUUUUACUCGAAACAUAACUCUAGUUUAGACGAGAAAGCUCUAAAUCUACAUAUUCCAAGCAAAACUGAAAGAUGGGAAGCAAGUGGAUCAUUGGGGAGGGUGGCAGGAGUCAACAGCUUCGGGUUUGGGGGCACAAAUGCACAUGUCAUUUUAAGAGAGCACAAUCAGGAUGUAGUUCCCACAAAAACCUGGACGAAACUCUUUGUAUUGUCUGCAUCUUCUGAGAAAUCUUUGAUCCUGACCAUCACAGACACACACCAAAGACUUUGCAACGAUCAAACAAGUGACUUACAGAGAAUUUCUUACACUUCAGCAUGUAGGAGAAGUCACUGCAAAAACAAAUUUAGAAAAGCCUUUUUGACACAUACACUCACAGAUUUAAAACGACAGCUCAAAUCUGAACUAAACACAACACCUGAGUUGGUAAAGCCCGAUGUCCAGCUGGUGUUUGUAUUUUGUGGAAAUGGUGUUUCCUACUGGGGUAUGUGCAAGCAGCUCAUGAGAGAGGUCCCGGCUUUCAGAGAAAAGGUUAGAGAAGUUGAAAAUAUCUUCCAGACUCACCAAACCAUCAAUAUCAGUGGAUUGCUUGCUGGUGAAUGUGACAACAGCAAUGUCAGCCAGCUGAACGUGGUCCAGGCUCUUCUUUUUUCGAUUCAAAUUGGUAUUGCCACUCUCUUGAUGCGCUGUGGUGUCAAGCCCACUAUUAUGCUUGGUCACUCUGUUGGAGAGGUUGCUGCGGCUCACUGCUCAGGUCUUCUGUCUCUUGAGGAUGCAGUAAAAGUCUUGUACCACCGCAGCACACUUCAGAGCAAAGUCACAGGAGGAAAAAUGCUUGUAGUCAGCAAUGUAGCUGUAAAAGAUGUUCUAGAAGUUAUUUCAGCUUUCUCUGGGAAGAUCUGUGUAGCUGCUUACAACAGCCCUCAGUCUUGCACUUUAUCAGGAGAUGCAGAUGUUGUUGAUGUACUGCGGGACAAAUUGAUGGUCAAGUUUGCAGGUAGAAAUAUCUUUCUUCAUGUCUUGGAUGUUCCUGUUGCUUACCAUAGCCAUAUGAUGGAUCCAGUUCUAGAAGACAUGGAAAGGAUCACUGGUCUUUUGGGCAUUAACAACAUGGAGUGUGAGCUUUUUUCAACAGUAACUGGAACAAAGUAUUCACAUGGUGAUUUCAGUUCCGGUACAUACUGGGCAAAAAACGUCAGAAAGCCUGUUUUGUUUGAUAAAGCUCUUCAUGCUGCUAUCAAAGACAAAAAGUCUAAAGGAAAUGUGGUCUUUGUGGAGAUAGGACCUCGAAGGGCUCUUCAGAGGUAUAUAUGUGAGACUCUUGGAGAUGACACCACAAUUUUUUCUACUGUCCAACCAGAGAAAGAUUGUGACUCAAUCUCCUUGACUUUGGCCAGACUGUUUGAACUUGGCAUUAAUGUAAACUGGAAUGAAGUCUACGUGGGUUGUGAGACAAUGCCCACAACUAUUCCGGUGUAUCAGUUUGUCAACUCAAAGAAAAAUGUGAAUUUUGAAGCUGUAAGAAGAGGCAAUGAACAAUUGGCUGUUUCUCAUCAUAGGUCAUCAUGGGUCAAAUCCCAAUUAAAACAGGAUAAGAUCCAAGUAACAUAUGACAUCUCACUGGAGACUACACCAUUUCUUUGGGAGCAUAAAAAUAACAAUGUUUCCAUUGUGCCAGGUGCACUUUAUGUUGAGUUAGCUUACUCCACAGUGAUGGCAAACCUAAAUCCAAAGAAACCCAUAUCGCUUCUCAGGCUCAGUGUAACAUUUGAGAAUGUGCUUACUCUAAAUCUAAAAUCCCAACAGCUAAAGGUGACUUGGGAACAAUCAGAGAUGGAGACUGUUUUUCAGAUACAGUCUUCUGUUGCAACACAUGCCUCAGGCACAUUCAGGUACACAGAUCAACAACCACUUUUAGAGGAAUCAUUCAUUAAUGUUGAUGUGCUCUACCAAAGAUGCAAACUGGUUAUGACAAAAGAGGAGGUUUAUUCAGUUCUGUCCCAAGCAGGAUUUGAGUAUGGCCCUCUUUUCAAACAACUACACAAUGUGUGUUUGGGGAAUGAAUUCAAGGAAGCUGUCACAACUUUCCAAGUCCCUGCUGAACUUCAGGAAAAUCUCCAUGAGCAUGUAAUUCAUCCUGUGCUUCUGGAUUAUUUCUUGCAAAUGACCUCUGUGAUAGCAAUGAGGCAACUAGCAGUCACACAGGGAUUUCCCUCAUGUAUUGCAAGUAUUGUCAUAUCAGGACCCCUGCAGAAUGAAAUGGUCAUGUACUUGCGAGCAACUCAAGAGACAAAAGACUUCCUUGAUGUAUGUGGUUGCUUUUCCACAAAAGAGGGGAAAGUAUUGGUGGAAGUGAAAGGGCUAAGAAUUUCUUUUUUGAACUCAAUCUCAAAUGCUCCUCAGUCAUUAUUCUUUCAUAAUGUACAAGUUGAAUUAGCAAAUGAGACAGAUGUGCAGGACUGCAAAAUAAAAGCAAUUAUCUUUGAAGAUCAGCUUGGCAUUGCUAAAGGUCUAAGACCAUCUUUAUGUCCAGAGUCAGUCUUUGUGGGGGGCAGAAAGAAGCUCACAGCAGGUGAAGUUCGAAACAUUUUGUGGGAUUUUCUGAACAGCAAUGAGGAUCUAAGAAACAUUCUUUUCCUUUGGGGUAUUGAAGACCUCAGUCACUUGUCUUCUGAGAAGAUCUUGGAGUGCUUCAUAACUUGCUGUGAGACAUUUCGCCAGAUUGUUUUAGCUGUCAAAGAGAGCAAACAUUCCUGUGUUGUCAGGGUCAUAACUUAUAGAGCAACAGAAGCCACUGUGGACCACGUGAGUUCUGCUUUUGUGCUUUCCGGUAUGUUAAGAGCUUGCUCUGUUGAGAUGCCAGGACUUCAUUUCCAGCUGGUUGACCUUGCUUCUGUGACCAGUGAAGACAUCAGAACACUGGCUUAUAUAAUUAAAACUUCCAAACAACAGGAGGUCAGAAUCAGUAAAGGACAGGUAUCAACAAUAAGAAUAGCACAAACUACAGUGGAAGACAGUGAUUUAUUUGAAGGUGACAAAUCCUCAGUGAAUCUGAGAGAUUUUAUCCUUCAGACCACUAAUCCCUACAGAAUGGCUGACCUGUCUGCCAUCCCUUCUAACACUGAUGGACAUCUUGUCCAAGAAAACUCUGUUGAGAUUCAGCUUACCAAUAUAUGCAUUCAUUCCUCCGAUUUCUUCCCUGUCAGCACUUCUCAUUUCAGCUUUGGCAAGACAUUGUACUGGAGCAAACAUGUGUCACAGUAUCACAAGGUGUUGGCUUUAGAUUUUAGCGGCAUUGUCACGUUCGUUGGUAGGCAUGUCAAAAAUCUAAAAGCAGGAGACAAUGUUGCAUCAUGUUAUCCUGUUAUUGCUGCUACAAAGAUUGUGAUCCCUGAAGAAGUGUGUUACAGCACAAAGACACUUCCGUUUCUCAGAGAAACUCCCUGCGUGUCAUACUUUAUACUGGCAUGGGAGAUUUUACAGAAACUGCUGUCUGACGUGAAAAAAAUGGAUAAAAAAUUGGCAAUUAUCUCCACAAACUCAGCCUCUGCUCUCUUAAAAGUUCUUGCUCUCACAGCAAGCAGGUCAGGUUGGAAUGUAUCAUCUCGAGCACGUUUUACUAGCGAACUGUCACAUUUCGACGCUUUUGUUUUUCUGCCGCCUUUUGGUCACUGUUUGGAGGGAAUGCGUGACACUGGAGGCCUUGUAAAACAUAUUGUUUUUGUGUGGAGCAGUCACAUGUCACCUUUAAAGUCCACCAGCGGAUUUGUCUCAAACAAUGACCACAUUCAUGUGCAUAACCUGGAUGUGGCUUGCGUUCUCCAGAAAACCAAUCUACAAGCACAAAACAAAAAUAUCUACAACUGGCUUUUGUCAUUAGGUUUUGAAGCAGAAUCUUUGCCUCUUAGAGGGGAGAUGAAUCAGACAAGAGAGCCCGAGUCCUAUUUCAUGACUACAACAGUGCAGCAAGUUGUUUUUAACUAUGAAGGAUGUGAUUUCCCAACAUCUGAGAGCAACUUGCUCACAAAACCCAGACAGCUCUUCAAACCACACUGUGUUUAUAUUGUAACUGGUGGAUUGUCUGGUUUGGGGUUUGAGACAGUUAAGUUUAUAGCCCAAAACGGUGGAGGCUGUAUUGCAAUACUGUCAAGAAGGGCUCCAUGUGAUAACAUACAGUUUGAAAUGGAUCUCCUCCAGAAAAGAUUUGGGGUCACUAUCCUAAAUAUCCAGUGUGAUGUUUCGGUGUCAGUGCAGGUGGUGAAUGCCAUCUCCAAAAUUGGACAAAGAUUUCCAUCUUGUCCUAUUAAAGGAGUUUUCCACAGCGCUGCCGUGCUGCAUGAUGCGCUAAUUGAAUCCCUUGAUGAGUCUCUCUUCAGGAAGGUCCUAAAACCCAAAGUGAGUGGUGCUUUGAAUCUUCAUUUUGCAACACUUCACAGCAAACUAGAUUUUUUUGUUUGCUAUUCUUCCAUCUCGUCAUUCAUUGGCAACGCCUCACAGUGUAACUACUCAGCAGCCAAUUCUUUCCUUGACACGUUUUGUCAUUACCGGAACAACCUUGGGCUUACUGCACAGUCCAUCAAUUGGGGUCCUUUGAAUCUUGGUUUGCUGCUGAAUAAAAAACACUUUCAGAAGUUUUUGGAGGCCAAAGGUUUGAUGACAAUGGGUGUGUAUGAAGUUCACGAGACACUUAAGAAGUGCAUUUUAAUGAACAGACCACAACAACUAAUAUGCAGAUUCAACUUCAAAAACCUCAACGCACAUGUUCUGUCACAAAACGAGUCUCUCAGGGAGCGACUGUCAACUUUAGUAGAAGCAAUGCUCAAAGAUGAAACACAUGAAAAAUGUAACGUUCAACUUUCUUCUUCCACACAUGAGAGUCUGAAGGUGAUUGUUGGUGAAAUACUGAGUGUCAGUGCAGUUGAACUGGAUGAUGAUUCCUCUCUGAGUGCAAUAGGGAUAGACUCAAUGUUAGCCAUGACUCUGCAGAACAAGAUUUUCCAGGAGACAGGAGUAAAUGUACCUUUGGUUAUAAUACUGGACCCCAAAAGCACACUUGUCACUUUAACCAAUGUGGUCCUUAACAGUGAGUAA